GAAUAACAAACGAGCGCACACUGCAACCACAAAGCCAGGCUUCGCGUUCAUGCUGAAAAAUGUAAAUAAAAAUGUUAAUAAUUCAAAAGUGAACGUGAAUUUUAUUCUUGACUCGGGUGCUACUGAACACCUUAUAAACGAUGAGGCUUUAUUUAUGGACCAUGCUGAUCUGGAAACUCCAAUAAAAAUUGGCGUUGCUAAGCAUGGGGAGUAUAUCUUCGCAACAAAGCGAGGAGUCGUCCGUCUGGAAAAUAAAUAUCAGAUAACGCUGGAGGACGUACUGUACUGCGGAGAAGUUGCAGAAAACCUGAUAUCGGUCAAAAGGCUACAAGAGGCUGGUGUAACAGUAGUAUACAACGAAAAUUAAGUUAAAUUGAACAAAUACGGUGUCACGAUUGCUGAAAACACAGCUUGUAUAGUUGUCAUUCCCAUCAUACACUAUGAAUAACUUUACCGAGCAAUUUUUAAACGGAAACGAAACGGAAUCAGAGGAAACGACAAAUUCGACAAAUACAGUCGAUAUGUCCAACGUUUCCUACACCAACGUUUCCUUCACUUCUAACUUUGAAUAUCCUUCUACCUCAACUAUGUUGCAAUUAAUUUUCAACCAGAUGCAAACAUUGAAUACAAAUGUAGAAGAUCUUAAGGAACGCUUAAUUAAAUUGGAAACUGAAAACACAAAGAUUCAAACUCGCCUACUAACGGAAGUAAAAGCACAACGAAAGCUUGUACAAGUAAAUAAGAUUCGAAUGCUGCUACCACCUAAGCCCUUUGAUAAAUUGGAAGACCUUACAAAAUUUGAAGAGGACCUAAACAAUUCAGCUGAAUUGUGUGAACAACUGGAGACAGAAAUGAUAAACUAUAACAAUGUGGAAAAAAUGUUUACGGAUGAAAUUGCUACUAAGUAUUCGUGGAAGGGGACCAACACCAAAAUCUGUGUCCUAAGCUUAGCAAUUACAACAACAGUUAGAAGUGCUUUCAAUGAAAAAAUGUUCUAUCGACGAGAAGCAAUUCUCAUUAAUAUGCAGCAAAUGGUUCCAAACUGCCAAUGACAGAACUAAAUAUUAUAAGAAAACAGACAAAAAAGUAAAACAAAAUAUAUAAUAAUGUAAGAAUUAAUGUUUAAGUCUCUACAAUUUCAUAAUUUAAAUUUAAAAAUUAAUGUUUAAGUUUCCUAUAUUUCAUAAUUCAAAACAUGUCACUGUGAGUUCGACAUUUAAUCUUAUUUUAUCAUCUUGAACAUGUUUUUUUUUUUAAAUUUGUGUUCCUAAGUAUCUUGUUAAUUUUUGAGUAAAAUAAAUAUUAAUUAUAAAAAAUGUAAAAGUUUAUAUUUUUCAAUUUAUGUUCAAACGAAAAAGAGUCUGAAAAGAAAAAAAUUUAAGUGCUUAAAAAUGGUUCUUUUUUGUGCCUCAGAGGGUUUUCUAUGCUUCCAUCGGAGGGUGAAAGCACUUAUUUUUGUGUCAGAAAAGUGUCAGAUCGGACUCGGAAUCUGCCUCUUAAAGUGCGACCGCUUUCAAAGAAAAAAACUCUUUCCGGACACUUUUUUGCACACUUUAUGACUGUAAAUACUCAGAAAAAAGCAUCAGAAAACCGUCAGAAAACGCUCAAAUUGCUUGCUGGGAAAAGACGACUCAUUUUCGUGAUUUUGAGGUUCUUUUUUACUGUUACUGUGUUUUGGAGCUUUGCAUUAAAAAGACUGUAGUCUAAAACAAAAACUUUUAAUAUCAAACAAUAGCACAAGGUAUAAUUAACGUGAAGAUCGAACCUUCAACUCCAAAACUUUCUGAUAUCAAAUUUUGGAUUUUGUGACAAUUUUAAUUUUAACUAAAAAAA